GGUAAACUGCACGUCAACAACAUUCGAUUUCAGAGCGAGAGAUCAGAAAUUCAGCAGAAAGAAAUACUUUUAGCAAUUUUUCUCUUCUCAAACAAAUUGUUUGUGCUCGUGUUAACGAAGAAGGAUGACUUCAAUCACUGAGCAGCCCUGCUACACGCUGGUUAGCUAUCCGAUAGAAAAUGAAUCAGUUACAGAAGCCAAGCUUAAGGAAGAUCUAGAACGUGGUGAUGUCUCUGUUAAAAUAUCAGCUCUGAAGAAGGUUAUGUAUCAACUUCUUAAUGGAGAAAAGAUGCCAUCCAUCUUAAUGACCAUCAUUAGAUUUGUUCUUCCUUCUCAAGAUCAUAUGAUCAAAAAGUUACUGUUAAUAUUUUGGGAAAUUGUUCCAAAAACAGGACAGGAUGGAAAGCUGUUGCAUGAGAUGAUUCUUGUGUGUGAUGCCUACAGGAAAGAUUUGGAACACCCUAAUGAAUUUAUUCGUGGUUCUACACUGAGAUUUUUAUGCAAACUUAAGGAAGCAGAGUUGCUUGAGCCAUUGAUGCCAGCAAUAAGAGCAUGUUUGGAACAUCGUCAUUCUUAUGUAAGAAGAAAUGCUGUAUUUGCCAUAUACACAAUUUACAGGAAUUUUGAGUACUUGAUCCCAGAUGCACCAGAACUUGUCUUUGAUUUCCUGGAAAAAGAACAAGAUGCUUCAUGCAAACGAAAUGCAUUUAUGAUGUUGAUACAUGUUGAUCAGGAAAGGGCAUUGGAUUAUCUUAGUUCUUGCAUUGAUCAAGUCCACUCGUUUAAUGAAAUCCUGCAACUUGUGAUUGUUGAACUAAUUUACAAAGUUUGUAUUGCCAAUCCACAAGAAAGAGCUCGAUUCAUCAAGUGCAUAUACAACUUACUGAAUUCGUCAUCCAAUGCUGUUCGAUAUGAAGCGGCAGGAACUUUAGUAACAUUAUCAUCAGCACCUACUGCUAUAAAGGCUGCUGCCACCAAUUAUAUUGAGUUGAUUUUAAAGGAGAGUGACAACAAUGUCAAAUUAAUUGUGCUUGAUAAACUCAUCAAGUUGAAAGAAAGUCCAGCCCAUGAAAAAGUGUUACAGGAGCUUGUUAUGGACAUCUUGCGAGUAUUGUCAAGUCCCGACUUGGAAGUGAGAAAAAAGACAUUGGAUCUUGUCUUGGAUUUAGUUACAUUAAGAAACAUUGAAGAGGUUGUCAUGGUAUUGAAAAAGGAGAUUACGAAAACGCACACAGAAGGAGAGCAAGAUGAGUCUGGAAAUUACCGUCAGCUUUUAGUCCGAACACUUCAUUCUUGUUGUGUGAAAUAUCCAGAUGUUGCACCAACUGUUGUGCCCAUGCUUGCUGAGUUCUUAGGUGACACCAAUGAGCAAGCUGCUUUGGAUGUACUGUUGUUUAUUCGUGAAGCUGUUUUGAAGUUUACUUCGUUGAAAAGUGUCAUUCUGGAGAAGUUAUUGGAGAACUUUAACUCCAUUCGAAAUGUAAAAAUCCAUCGCCAUGCUUUGUGGAUUUUAGGAGAGCAUUGCACAGAAACCAAUGACAUUUUGACUGUUAUUAAAGAGAUCAAGGAGGGUUUAGGGGAAAUGCCAAUUGUUGAUGACGAAAUGCGCCGUAUGGCUGGUAACAAGGACGAAGAGGAAGAAGAAGUUGAUGUAAAGAGCAGUAAUUCGAGAAUGGUUACAGCAGAUGGAACAUACGCCACCCAAAGUGCACUUGUUUCAAAAACAACCAACAGUGCUAAUGAAGAGACAAGACCGGCUCUUCGUACAUAUUUAAUGAAAGGAGACUUCUUCAUUGGCAGUGCCAUUGGAAGUACAUUAACAAAAUUAGCCUUACGUUUUAUAGAGUUGGAUUCCAAUAAAUCUCACCAAAAUAAAAUUUGUGCUGAGGCUAUGUUGAUCAUGGCCAGUAUUAUUCACUAUGGUCAAUCUGGACUUCCAGAGAAACCAAUCACAGAAGAUGAUGUUGAUCGAUUAGCCGUUUGCAUCAAAGUUUUGGGCGAAAGAAAUGGAUUUUUGAAUCAAAUAUUUAAUGUUGAAUGUAGAAACGCUAUUACCAGUAUGUUGGAAGGAAGCAGGGAUGUGACUGAAUAUGGACAAGGUGACAAUAACAAACAAGUUGUGAAGGCACAGGCUGAUGAAUCUAUUGCUUUCUUGCAACUGUUCACCAAAGCUGACCAAUCUGUAGCAGAAAAUCAGUUCGAAAUAUCUUUGUUACAAGCCAUUGGAAACCCUAUCAAUAAAAAAGAUGAGGAAAACAUCAGCUCAAAACUCAGCAAGGUGGCACAACUUACUGGUUUCUCUGAUCCUAUUUACGCUGAAGCCUACGUGAACGUGAAUCAGUAUGAUAUUGUAUUAGAUGUUUUGAUUGUAAAUCAAACAUCCGAUACUUUGCAGAAUGUCACUUUGGAACUAGCAACUUUAGGUGAUUUGAAAUUGGUUGAAAAACCUUCACCAGUUAUGCUGGGUGCUCAUGACUUUUCAAAUAUAAAGGCGAGCGUCAAAGUAGCAUCAACUGAAAAUGGUAUUAUAUUCGGUAACAUAGUUUACGAUGUGAGCGGCGGAUCUGGUGAUCGUAAUUGCGUCGUACUAAACGAUAUUCAUAUUGACAUCAUGGAUUACAUCAUGCCUGCGUCGUGCACUGAUUCUGAAUUCAGAACAAUGUGGGCAGAAUUUGAAUGGGAAAAUAAGGUUUCUGUAAAUACCAAUAUAACUGACACUCGAGAAUAUUUGGAUCAUAUUAUCAAAUGUACCAAUAUGAAAUGUUUAACACCGGAAAAGGCGAUCUCUGGGACUUGUGGUUUUAUGGCUGCGAACCUAUAUGCGAAAAGUAUAUUUGGUGAAGAUGCGCUGGCUAAUUUGAGUAUAGAGAAACCCUUGGAAGGGGGUGCUGAUGCCUUAGUUAUUGGACAUAUUCGUAUUCGUGCAAAAAGUCAGGGUAUGGCUUUAAGUUUGGGUGAUAAAAUCAAUCUAUCUCAAAAGAAAACAGUGAAAAACUAAACGAUUUGAUUCCUGCAAUAACCAAAGACUACAUACUGGAUACCGUGCCAGCUUUACAAAUUUUACGGUUUUUUUUGUUUGUUAUUUCUGAUAUAUAAAUGCUACAUAAAUUUGUAUUUUUUAGCUAAUCAAUGUUCUUCUGUGUCAAUACACAUCGGUAUUUUGAA